AUGUACCAACGGGUGCCAACAGCUGUAACAACCCGUGGUGGGUCGCCUACUGAUAACGGGGAUUCAGUUGUGACUUUGGAUCAAGUUCCGCGGUGGAGUGAUGCAGAGAGUAGAUCUUCGUUCAGUUAUGACAAUGAAGACCCUUCAUUUUCAAAUCCGUAUUUCCCUGAUCCUUUAACUGCGCCGUUUGAGGGGGAAAGUAGUAGCUAUGGGAUGGUAUCGAGGUUUCCAAUUGAUCAUGAGAUCAACUCAAAGAUAUAUUUAUGGAGGGGACACCCUUGGAAUCUUGAGGUGGAUGCUGUUGUGAAUUCUACAAAUGAGAAUCUGGACGAAGCACACAGCAGUCCUGGUCUGCAUGCAGCAGCUGGACCUGGUCUUGCAGAAGAAUGCAUGACACUGGGUGGAUGUCGUACGGGCAUGGCAAAAGUUACUAAUGCAUAUGACCUUCCUGCUAGGAGAGUUAUCCAUACUGUUGGUCCUAAGUAUGCAGUGAAAUAUCAUACCGCCGCAGAGAAUGCUUUGAGUCACUGCUAUCGCUCUUGCCUUGAGCUUCUCAUUGAGAAUGGCCUUCAAAGUAUUGCUGUGGGGUGUAUAUAUACAGAGUCUAAAAACUAUCCACGUGAACCAGCUGCUCAUGUGGCUAUAAGGACUGUCCGGCGUUUUCUUGAGAAGCAGAAAGAUAAGAUUACAGCUGUUGUUUUUUGUACUACCACAUCAACUGAUACUGAAAUAUACAAAAGAUUGCUUCCACUGUACUUCCCUCGAGAUAAACAUGAAGAGGAGGUGGCCAUCUCAAAACUUCCUGCUGAUGUUGGGGAUGAGAAUGGUGAGACGAUAAUAGAUGAACGCAAAAUCAGAAUAAAGCCGUUGCCCAAGAAAAAUAUUCCGAGACCUCCCCAACCUCCAGCUGACAUUCCUGUCAGUGAUGUUGGCUUGGCUCGAAGGAAUUCAUCAUACUUGGAUUCGUAUUUGGAUCCUGCCUUCAUGUCCUUAAUUAAGGAUCCAGAUCAGAGACGCAAGGAGCAAUGGGAAAAAACUGCUCAAGCACAGAGUGGAUGGAAUUGUGCCAAAAUGCUUGGAUUCGGCGAUCUUGGAGGCCCUUCAUUGUCUGCUGCUGAAGAAUAUUCUCUUCAUUCAAGAUACCUAGCUAAAGCAAAUUCUCUUAAUCUCUCUGAAAUUGCAGAGAUGAAAAUUGUUUACCGUGGUGGGGUAGAUAGUGAGGGCCGUCCUGUAAUGGUGGUUGUGGGAGCACAUUUUUUGCUGCGAUGUCUUGAUCUAGAGCGAUUUGUGCUUCAUGUGGUAAAGGAAUUUGAGCCCUUGAUACAUAAGCCUUACACGAUUGUAUAUUUCCACUCUGCAGCGUCUUUGCAACUCCAACCAGACUUGGGAUGGAUGCGAAGACUGCAGCAAAUACUUGGCCGGAAACACCAGCGAAAUCUGCAUGCAAUUUAUGUUCUUCACCCGAAUUUCCACCUGAAGGCCACAAUUUUUGCUCUGCAAGUAUUUGUUGAUAAUGUGACUUGGAAGAAGGUGGUAUACGUCGAUCGGCUUCUGCAGCUGUUCAGAUAUGUUCCUCGUGAGCAGUUGACGAUCCCCGACUUUGUUUUCCAGCAUGAUUUAGAAGUGAAUGGAGGAAAGGGUCUUAUUGUGGACCCCAGAACAAAAUAUGUGUACCAUCGGCCGUAG